AUGGCAACAUGAUCAAAUUUAUCACUUCAAGAUGGAGCUUCACCAUUAAUGGAGCAAUUAUCAUUCUUCCAUGAUCAUACCAUGGUCGUAUUAUUAUUAAUUACAGUAAUUGUAGGCUAUGCCCUAAGUUACAUAUUAUUCAUUGCCUAUACAAACCGAAACAUACUUCACGGGCAUUUAAUUGAAACAAUCUGAACAGCACUGCCAGCAAUUACACUAAUUUUUAUUGCAUUACCAUCAUUACGACUUCUAUAUUUACUUGAUGAUUCAGUAGACGCAAUAAUUACGAUUAAAACAAUUGGACGACAAUGAUAUUGAAGAUAUGAAUAUUCAGACUUUAUAGAUGUAGAAUUUGACACUUAUAUAACACCAGAACAAGACCUAGAAAACGACGGAUUUCGACUUCUAGAUGUAGAUAACCGAACAAUUUUACCAAUAAAUACAGAAGUACGAGUAUUAACAAGAGCAUCAGACGUUCUACAUUCAUGAGCAGUACCUGCAUUAGGAGUUAAAAUUGACGCAACGCCAGGUCGACUAAACCAAGGAACAUUUACAAUAAACCGGCCUGGACUAUUCUUUGGACAAUGCUCAGAAAUCUGUGGAGCAAACCACAGAUUUAUACCAAUUGUAAUUGAAAGAACUUCAGUAAACUUAUUUAUCAAGUGAUUAUCUAAGAUAAUCU